GCGGUGGUGUCAUCUCGGGCAUUGGCAAAGGUCACCUCCUCGUCUGGUCUUCUUCUGAAGACGGCUGGUCUCAAGGUCACGGCCAUCAAAAUUGACCCCUACCUCAAUGUUGAUGCCGGCACAUUGGGGCCUCUAGAGCACGGCGAGUGCUUCGUGCUUGCCGAUGGUGGUGAAUCUGAUCUCGAUCUUGGAAACUAUGAGAGAUACCUCGACAUCCAACUAACCAGGGACAACAACAUCACAACCGGCAAGGUCUACCAAGCCGUCAUCGAGAAAGAGAGAAGGGGAGACUACCUUGGCCGAACCGUCCAGGUCGUGCCUCACAUCGUCCAGCAGAUCAACGACACCAUUGAGCGGGUUGCCAAGAUCCCAGUCGAUGACUCGGGUGCGACGCCAGAUGUCUGCAUCAUCGAGUUGGGUGGUACCAUUGGUGAUCUCGAGUCUGGGCCUUUCGUAGAGGCCCUGGUGCAGCUGAGACACAAGCUCGUCAGAGAUCCCGAGUCCUCCUUCUUCAACAUCCACGUCUCCUUCGUUCCACUGAUCCACGGAGAGGAGAAGACCAAGCCCACCCAGCACGCCAUCAGACAACUCCGGAGCUCUGGUCUGGUGCCAGACCUUGUUGCCUGCCGGUGUGAUGCCUCCCUCGACGAUGCCACCAUCAAGAAGAUCGCCUUCAGCUGCCAAGUUGACCUCGACCAGGUCAUUGGCGUGCAUGACAUGGAGACAAUCUACCAGGUCCCUGUCCUUCUUGAGGAGCAAGGUCUGCUCACGCUUUUGCACAAGGGUCUCCAGCUCGACAAGAUUCCUUUGGAUGCUAGCAGAAAGGAGGAAGGUGCCAAGCUGUGGGAUCUCUGGAAGAAGACCAUUGACGUCCCCAAGGAUCUCCAGCCAGUUCAGCUUGCAUUGGUUGGCAAGUACACCUCCCACAUGGACUCCUACCUGUCGGUAGUCAAGGCGCUUGAGCACGCUUCCAUGCACCUCAAGCGCAAGCUCAACCUGAUCAAUGUCGACUCUGAGCAUUUGGAGGAGGCCAUGCUCAAGAAGGACCCAUCCAAGUACAAGGACGCUUGGGCUGUUCUGGAGAGUGUUCAGGGGAUCAUUGUGCCCGGUGGUUUUGGCAACAGAGGCAUCGAGGGUAUGAUUGCGACGGCCAAGUUCGCUCGUCAAAAGAAGAUCCCCUAUCUCGGUAUCUGCCUCGGUCUGCAGGUUGCCGUCAUUGAGGCGGUCCGGGAUUUGCUCAGCAGGCCCAAUGCCACCUCGGAGGAGUUUGACAACAACGCCGAGCACAAGGCUGUCAUCUUUAUGCCCGAGGGCUCCAAGGAGAAGAUGGGUGGUACCAUGAGACUUGGCACACGGCCAACUCUCUUCCAGGCCGGCACCGAAUGGAGCAAGCUCCGUGGCCUCUACGGAGGUGUUGAGGUGACACACGAGCGUCAUAGACAUCGUUAUGAGGUCAACCCUGACAUGGUUGAUGAGCUUGAGAGCAAGGGCUUCCACUUCGUUGCCCGGGACGAUGUUGGCAACCGCAUGGAGGCAUUUGAGCUCAAGGACCACCCAUACUUUGUUGGCUUACAGGCCCACCCCGAGUACAGAAGUAAGGUCACUCGGCCAUCGCCACCAUUCCUGGGCUUCGUGGCAUCCAGCGCUGGGCUCUUGGACAAGGUGCUCAAGGAGAUUGCGGAGGAGAAGGUUGUCGUGAACGGGCAUCACUUUUAG